GCCAACCGGACAUCAAAGCUUCAAGGGGUGAAACCUACCCACACCGGGGAGACAUCAACGCCAGCGGAGGUGCCCGCGGUGGUCCGGGAAUGCGGCCCGACGCAACCACACGCCAAGAUACAAGCCACAGACACGACAAGCCCGGGGCAAGCAGGAGAGCAGGUGCAGCAACAGCCCAGACACGUUACUGGUGAGCCCCCUGGGAACGGAGCUCUCUUCCAAACGUGCAGUUCCGGCCUCCAGAACAG